AUGGUAACCACAUUACUGCCUUUGCCAGGACUGGUAACCGCCGACCCUGAUCCGCCACCUCCACUACUAACUGGCAGAACAGCCGUGGAGGAUGGAGGAGAGAAUGGUUGUAAGUGGGGUGGAGGAGGAGGAGAGGAGGAGGAGGAGGAGGAGGAGGAGGAGGAGGAGGAGGAGGAGGAGGAGGAGGAGGAGGAGGAGGAGGAGGAGGAGGAGGAGGCAGGAGAAGGAGGCAGGAGGAGGAGGCAAGAGCAGGAGGCAGGAGGAGGAGCGCAGCAUGUUGGGAAACAAACGGGACAGUCAUCUGUUAAUAAUGCAACAUGCCGAGAGAGGGGAAGUGCUGGCGUUCACUACCGAGUUCAUGCUGUGUCAAUUCAGAAUUGGAGCAACAGAUUGGGUGGCAAGUGCUUUGAGAGGGUUGGACGUAUGUGCAGCGCAGCUCAUGAGGAACAAUGA